GAAAACUGUCGAGUCGUGCGCGAGAGGAGACACGCGAGUAACGAAACGUCUGAGGCGGCAACGAACGUGGGCGCAGUCUGGUGGAACACUCGCUCCUCAGUAACGGGAAGUCUACGAUGUGCAACAGCCGUAAGGGAGGGCCAUGGAAGCUGAUGUGAAUUUAUUUCGUGCGUCCGCCAGCGAGUGGUGAACGGCGGCGGCAGGGGGCGUAGCGGCGGCGGCUAUCAGCGACACGCGACACCGCGGCAGGCGGCGGGGGCGGCGGGGGCGGCGGGGGCGGCGGACGUGGCCCGCACACUCUGACACAUGGCGCCGCACGCACCGCCUCUGCCGCUGCUGCUCCUGCUGGCCGUAACGGCUGUUAUAAACGGGGAGGAGCCCUGCCCGCGCACCCCCGGGCCGCAGUCGACGGUGGCGAGGCUCAAGGACCAGCUGCUGAGCCACUAUGUCGUCGAGGAGAUGCCGCCCACCCAGGGCGGCACCGCCCUGGCCGUCGAGCACGCGGUCCUCAUCAAGCACGUACCGGGGAUCUAUAACAACGUGGCCGAAGUCCAGAUUACAGUCGCUCUGAGUUGGCACGACUCCAGACUGGAAUGGGACCCCGCUCAGUACGAUUACCUGUGGACUAUAUUAGCAGAUUCUACGAGUAUCUGGGUUCCUUUCAUCGGCGUUCAGAGCCACCCGACGAACGUUCCCGACUGGGCGGACCUGACGGAGCACAUGUGCGCCGUGACGAGCUCGGGCGAGGUGAUGUGCAUGCUGGGCAUGACGGCGGCGGCGCACUGCCUCAGCGACUACCGGGGCUGGCCCCAGGACCAGCACAACUGCUCCUUCCACGUCGGCUCCUGGAUGCUCACCAGCCAGCGGCUCUUCCUCAAAGAUCUCCACCUGAGGUUGGCGACGGCGCCCGGCAGCUCGUGGCAGGUGGAGCAGCACGGCUUCGCGACGACCAACGCCAGCGUGGGUCCGGACGGGCGCGUCCGCAGCAGCACGCACGUCUGGCUGCAGCUGCGCCACCGCGAGGCCGUCAUGGCCGUCGCCGCCUACGCCCCCGCCCUCGCACUGACGGUGAUGACGCUGUCGUCACUGUGGCUGCCUUCGGCAUGUGGCGAGCGGCUGGCACUUGUCGCCAUCUCGGUGCUGGCGCACUGCACGGUGCUGGUCUACCUCAGCUGGUGGCUGGAGGGCGGCGCCCGCGCUCCUCGCAUCGUGCUGUUCCACCGGGACGGGCUGUGCGCGGCUGCGGCGGCGCUGCUGGUGCAGGUGGCGGCGCGCCGCCUGCAGGAGUCCCGGCGCGCCGCCCCCAGCUGGCUGUCGGCCGGCCUCGCGCGGCUCCGGGCGUCGCCCGUCGGCCCGCUGCUGCUGCCCCCUGCCGCCCAACAGUCGGCGGAGGCGCCGGAGACCGACGCCGCGCCCUCCGCCCCCGACGCCGACGUGGAGGCUGCCGGCACUGGCGGCGGCCACGGAGAAGGCGACGAGGCCGGCGGAGGCAGCGACGCGCUAGUCGCCACCGCCACCGCCUCCGCCGCCGCCUCCGACGCCGAGUGGUGGGGCGCCGCCUCCGUCCUGACGCAGCGGCUGGGGGCGGCCGGCGUCUGCGGUGCGCUGCUCGCCGCCCUGCUGCGCCUGCUACUCUCCCACUGACGUCACGCCGCGCCCAGCCAAUCCCGACACUGCGCUCCUACUCCGAAGGACCGUCACAAUUAACUCGACGCCACUAACCAUCGCUGUCGGGUAUAACCACCUAGCGACGCAUUCGAAUGUCAGUGUUUACAAGCGUUCCACACAAUGUGAUCCGUGACACACGAUCGGAGUUGCGCUUUCUGUGCCGUCUUUCACGAGUUUCCUCGCGAACAUCACUACAGUCGUUUUACGACGUGGUACCCAUAGCAAACCGAACUUUUUUUUGAAGGUUUAUUUAUUCAAUUAGUAGAAGCCCUUAGCUCCCCUCGGAGUACCUAUUCUCCUCUGAAACAUGUUUUUUUAAUUCGUCUUCAGUGCUGCCCGACGGCAUCUGUGUCGUUUUUUUCUUCACUUCAGCACCGUCAGGAAAACGCUCUCGUUUCGUGUCGCUUUCUUGGAAAUAAAAAAAGGUCACAAGCGCCAAGCUCAGUUGGACACGGGAGAUAUGGGGCCCGUGGAUCGUGGCACUUUUGGUCAAAAACUGAUGGACUAUGUUAUCGAAACGGUAAAACCAGACGCCCGACUGCCGUAAAUGGUGCCUCUUCCGCUGAAAACUAUUAUGCAAUCUAUUAAAACAUCCAAUAAGAAAGCCCGGUUAACUACCUGACUCAGUGGAACAAACUUUUCUUUGAGGUUUGCCAUCACUCGACAUAGCUUUAUUAGGACGAGACGAAACUGUCGUCUACUGAUUAGAUUCUUGCUUCGUUUCAGCAUCGUAACCGUAGCACUGUGAUUCUCCACCUGAGAUGGCUGUGCAAAAGUCUCUGUCAUUUCGGAAAAAAGCGCAGCACGAUUCCACGCGACGUUACUUUUCUUCAACACGAAUCUGGCAGCCACCCAUUUCAUCUCUACAGCUUCCGUCAAAGAUCGACUAAAUGAGUUCAAAAUCAAUCCAGACAGAUCCAUAACCGUACGCUGUACACUACGAUCAGCCUUUAGAAAAAUGUCAAGCACACAUAACAUGUCACUAAAAAAGUGAUUCAAGCCGAAUGGAACCUAAUCAGCGACGGUGCUUGGCUCACGGAAUCAGGAAUGGUGAAGAGACUGCAUGUUGUACAUAAGCUCUCUCUGGAAGGAAAACUGUAUAAACUCUCAGUGGCAAAAAGCAGUACUACAGAAAGAAAUAAAAAUACAAACGCUUUGCUCACCUUCAGCAUCUUUAUAUCGAGUCUGUGUCACCAAAGUUAAAUGAAAUAAUAAUAAAAACUUGGACAAAUGUCACCAAGAACAGAAAAAUCAUGCAAGAUAGAUACACUGCCUAAUUAAGUAAAUUACAAUAACAAUAAAUAAUUACAUAAUGGAGAAAUUACAAGAUAAAUGCCCCACAUAGUUUGAAUGACAAAGACAAUACAUACAAGAGUCAAACACAAAGUAAUGUACCAAAUUUUAUUUUCCUCAGAAAUUAUUUAUUGAACAUAAUGAAACGCACACACAAGAGAGAAUUACGUUUCUUGUACACGUCCUGUACGUCCUUGUAAUUUCCCUCCUGUUCUAUGGCCCUCCUCCAGCGCGACAAAAACACGUGUAUGUCCUGUUGGUAUCACAACUUGCUCUCGUCACGAAACCGCUUGUUCACUGUGCGCAUCACCUCUUCGUCAUCCUCAAAAUGACUUACACGAAUGACAUCCUUUAAGGCCAGGUUCUAAUUCAAGUGACCAAAAAAUAGGCAAAGUUUGAAAUUUUUUGAGAGAAUGAAAAGAUAUAUAACGGAUGUGUUUGAACUUUAUUUCAGAUUUUCAAUUAAAAAACAAAAUUUCGCUCAUAAUUACGGUCUGAUCGAGAGCCUGCGAGUUUGAAGGACGCAGACUGUGUGCAGUGUAGCCCUCAGGAGUUAUCUGAAAUCAAAAUGGAUAACAUCAGUCAAUACUACAUUAAAUGAAAUAACCUUAAAUUUAACGAUAUGGUGCUAACUCGAACUUUGAGUUCGACGUUUGUUUUUUUUUUUUUUUCACUCUUUGUGGCUUUACAAAGGAUAGUUAAUAUUAAAAAAUUUGCUGCAUUAUAAGCUCCAAGAAAGUGUGUACUUCUCGGUGGUCAACAGUAGAAGUUAAUUGAUUGAACCGUUUUUAUUGUAUGCUAUACGAAGUUUCCAACAAUCGUUUCUCGAGAAAAACCUGUUUCAAAUUUAGGAAAAACUUUUAUAUGUAUUAUUCGUUGAAUUUGCAUAAAAACUACAUGUUAUUACAUAUUUUUAUGUCGCUGAACACAAAUCUGACGUUACAUUUUUAAAAUUCGGAAUAGCUAAUCCAAUGUGGUGGACCAGAAAUUAUGUUUUGACCAUUUGUGACGAAAAUAUGACCAAAAAAAGUGUUUUCAUUACUUACGUUUUGCCUGUCGUAUAUCAACCUUUCCUCGAACUCGUAUUGUUUCUGGAGAGCAAUUCCCUCGUUCUUCUUAGAGAGAAAAGCCCGUCUGGCUGAGCUGGAAUGCUGUGUUCGGCAGCCUGCACACGUUGUUCGUCAGCUUUUCGGCGAGUAUGUCUGCACGCAUACUGCAGUAUAAAUCACUUUGUGGCUGAGAGCAUCCCACGGCGACCGCGACAAUGCUUCCAACAGUGGGCUGUAGAGACUUUUGUAACGCACGGAUCGAAAAAACCUUAUCGUCCCAACAUGCUAGACACAUAUACCUUUCAAAAAAUGCAAUGAAAAAUCGUAUUUUCGAUCAUUUUGAAUGAGAACCUCGCCUUAAUGGCCCAAAAAAGUGGAAGUGUGAAGGAGAUAGAUCAUGGCUGUAGGGUGGAUGGGGUAACACUGUCCAACCCUGUUUAGUGAUAUUUUUCCGAAGUCCUCGAACUUGUGUGAGGCCGAGCGUUAUCAUGUUGAAUCAAUCACCUGGGUUGUCACUGGAAGUGCUUCUUGAGUUCGGUUAAUGUGUUCACAUAUGCGUUAGGAUUAAUGGUGCUGCCUCAUUGCAUCAGAUCAAUGACACAGUGUGACACCCUCACAGCUCCUAAACACAGUGGCUUGAUCUUACCAGCAGAAGCAGUUGCUUAGAUUUUUUUGCUGCGGAGAGUGACAGUGAUAUCACUGCAUCAGUUCUCAUUUUGUUUCGGGUUCAAAAUAGUGAACCAAUGUUUCAUCACCUAUCACAUUCCGGAAUAGAAGAUUUUCCCCUCAGCUUCAAAAUGUAGCAGCAACUCGUAAGAAAUGUUUUUUCAGGGAGAUUUGUGUUUCACUGAAGGCAGGGCAAAAAACAAUCGUGCACACACUUUUGAAUGGUCUAGAGCACGGAUGAUUGCAUCCACAUUUCAUUUGCUGAUUUACAGCUUCAGCGCCAACUGUCAAAUCCUUAUGCGCCGGCCACCUGAAUGAGAACAUCAGCAAGCUGCAUCUUGUCAGAUAUGAACAGUCUGCCGAGCAGGGAGUUCUGCAGAACCGCCUUCUGAUGGCCCCAGCGUCUAUGCCGCGCUACAAUCAGUACUUCUGCCAACUGCAGUUGCUUCAUAAACUGCACACAAACGUUUGUGACUGUUUCCAACAGUUACUUUCUCCCCAGUCACAAAUUCAAUGACGCAUGGUGCUUGCACCGUACAUCGCUUACUGGUGUCAUUUUGAAACACUGUUGCAGUUGCGCUAUCUGCAGGAGGAAACGGAAAAUUGGCGUGCGCUCUCCGGAAACUUCAAAUAAUUAUUACCUAACGUUUCACAUUCGUACCGUUGUUGUUGACUGAGAAAAAAAGUGGUGCAUUACUUUCUGAAUGACCCUUAAAAUUACGCAGAUAAAUUAAAAUAAGCACUUGAAACAGAAAUAACAUAGUUACACAACCUGGCGUAUAUCGAUUUAUAAUAAAUUCUGGUGUUUAUUUAUUGCUUAUUCUCAUAACAAAUGUUGGUCAUUUGUUACACACUCAAGUAACUCCUGAGCAGAGUAAAAUCCUUUACAUUUCAUCCGUAAUAUAAAAUCAGUUUCAAAUUUAUUCAUUGGUACUGUAUAGGCAUUUUCAGUUAAUUUGUUAAAGUGGACAAGACUAAGAUAUUUGUAGCUAUUAUAGGUCUUCGCCAGUCUUGCAUAUGGCACAUUCCACGUCUUGUAUUACGUUCGUGAAUUGUCGUCCUUAAGUAAAACAUACAUAGGUUUUCUAUAACAAAAAUACAGUAGUUUUAGAUUUACAGGCUAGAUACUGUCAUUAUAGUUGUUUCCAAUAGUCUCUGUAUUAUUCACGUGGGCAAAUUUCCAAAAUGCACCUUGUAACUUUCUUUCGCCAUUUAAACACUAAUUUAGAGCAUAGAGAACUGCCCCAUAAUGGAAACCCAUAACUUAGGUGGUUGCGGAAGAUUGAAAAAUAUGGAUAUAAUAGAAGUUCUACACUAACACUGCUUGUCAGCUUGUACAGCAGGCAGAUUACACAUGUUAGUCUGCUAUAUAAUUUUCUUGGUGGAUAUUCCAGCUAAGCUUUAGGUCUGUAUUCAGUGCUAAUAGUUUGACUGUUUUGCUAUCACUCAUGAUAGCAGUCUGACUAUAUACAACGACCUCAGUUUUAUUAUCAUUCCUGCAGUACAUUUGUCUCGAACCAAGAAGUACAUCUCUCCAUCGCUACUGCUAUGCUGUGUUGCACAUUUUCAAGGUUGGUAUCACAUAUGAUAGGUCUUGUGUCAUCUGGAUAAUGUCCAACUAUGGUUAAACAGUUUCUAUAAAGAAUGAAAAAGGAAGGUCUAAGAAAAAUGCCUGAUACCCAUCUUUUACAACUGGACUUUUCAUUAUUUAUCUUAACUAACUGAUUUCUACUGUCCAAGUGAGACUGCAUUAAGUAUAGAGCAUUCUCUCUCACUACGCAGCGGCAGAGUUUAUUUUAUGAGUGUAUUGCUUUCCUGGGGUCCACCAGAGCUGCACAGAUAAUCUCUCUAUUUUCAAAACAACUGCAUAUUUUUUCCACUGUGCUUUGAUCUGCUUUGGCUGUAGAAAGGCUGCACCUGAAACAACCCGUGAGGAGUUAAACAUUAUCAUUAGAAUCAAAAAUAUUGACUCAUCAGUUUGUGAAUGCCGUGGUCUACUAUUUUUUAUAUUAUAAGUGACAAAGGCCAACAAUCAUCUGAAUAUGCUUUACCUCCUUUCUUAUGAACUGUUUUCACUACUGGUAAUUUCAAACAUUCUGGGUUAUUACCUGUUUUUAACAUUUUAUCGGUUAUUCUAGUCUAUGACAUUAAAACUUGAUUUCUGAUAUAUUUAUAAAUGUAAUUUGAGAGCCAAAGUAAUCCUCUGCUCUAGAAUUACUGACAUUAGCUACUGAUCCGUUGACCACCUUCUCUGUUACAUGAUCCAGGAAAAGCUGUUGCUCAGUUUACUACUUAUUUCUGGCAGUAGUGCCUGUGACUCUCUCAAAUCUGAGUUAGGACUGACAAAAAUGUGAAUUUAGACUGUUAGGUGAAAUAGCUAUCUGCUGUAUUUUAUCUUCAAAAACUAUUUCUGUUCUAAUAGUUUCCAAUGCAGCUUUGCGUUUAUUCAUUGAGUUUGGUAUAUAUGUAUUAUUUCGUUUGCACUCUGCUACCAUGAUUUCAAAUAUGUAAAGGUUUUUCACUUUCAUAUACUUUUCCAAGUCAGCAUUAUUAUGCUUCGAUCUAUCAUGAUAUGGAAACAUCAUGAUUCUUAUUCUACUAAUAUUUUGGAUUUGUCAGUUUUAGAGAUUUUUUGGUUUAGUGCAGCGACUCUGCCUAGAUGUUUUCAUGUAGCCUUUGUUGUUCAGUUCAUCAGCAUUGGUUACUAUUUUAUCCCACUUUACUGAAUUCAGUUUACUUAUUAAAUUGUUCAGCUUUGAGUCAUUAAUUAGUAUUAUAAUUCUUUUAUGUGCAGUGGAAGUUUCAGUUAUUUUACUGUGAAGACCUUGUCUGAGCCAUAGUCCCUCUUGCUCAGAAAUGCAUAGCCUGAUCAUGUCAAAUUCUCUUUUGUUUAGAUAAAUUAUUAUUAAUUGUAUGGCAAUUUACACAGCACUUUAUAAAUACAAAUAAAAUAUUACAGAAGUCACAAAUUUGCAAACAUAUUAUUUACAUAAUUUUUGAUCAAAUCUACUAAAGUCCGAGAGUUCCCAGGAGGCGAAUUUCAAGAGCACUCUUUAACAAUAUUCCUGACAGUCUGUCUUGGAAAGCCACAGGUGCACUCCGAAGUGAUUAUAUUCCUCUCUCUUUGUAAUAGGUCACAGUACCUUCCAUAGUUAGUCCAUAUUCUGUUAAGUGCGCUCCAUGUUCUACAGGGCAGACGAAAGUCUCGUGGUCUAUUCUUGGCUCACAGAAAGCUGUGAAGUUGCGGCGGAGCGUUAUUCUAUCAUUCUUGCGUCCAAACUUUGUGGAGAUGGAAGUUAUGGUCACAAGGUUACAAGUUGUUCUCAGUAGGGAAUGUCUGGUAUGGAGUCUGUUGAUUCAGAUAGCAGUUAUGUCCUCAUGAACUGGCAGCUACUGACUGUUGUAGAUUUUAUUAUAUUCCAUCAAAAGGAUAUCUUUCUUCUUAGGUUAGAUUGUGAAUCACAGCUCAGAGCAGGUACCCAGAAUGGUUAGAUUUAGUUGUGCUGGUUAUCCAGACAGAGUUGCAAUAUUUGCCACUGACCAGAUAAGGUCAGGGGCAAAAGAUUAUAAACUCGAAGCUGCAGAACCCCAUGUUGUACGACAUUCUUUACAAUGUACCGCUUACCCAUCAUCAGUUCGGCUUCUUUAGUGUACCCUCUCGUAAAUACACAUUUCUAUUAUUGAAUAACGAAACAAAAAGAGCCCAGAGAGGAAAUUAAUUUUGACCAUGCCGGCUGAGUUUAUGAACCGCGAGUGCGUGAAAUUAGUACUGCCUGACAAUAAGCAAAACUUGCUAGAAACGUGUUGCAGUACGUUAAAUUUAGCAUAAAAUAAAUAAAUGUGACUGGUAGCAGAAAAAAUAAAUAACUAGCCCAGAGA